UGCUGUCUAUAGUUUAAAAUUUAAAUUCUUCAGAAAUAUUUUUGUACAAGUUAACCACUCUGAGUUUAGUAUAUCCGGUAAUCCUUUUUGGUACAAGUUAACUACAACGUAUAUCUGGUCAAUCACUCACUUCCUGUCAGCCUUACUGACCAGUCCGGUCUCACUUUGUCUAUCGGCUUCAAUCUUGUUAGAUGCGUGCCUCGAGCCACUAAUUUUUUACCAAUAUUAUUCACGACGGCAACGUUUUCCACACAAAAUAAACUAUGAAACCCGUGUGACUUUUGUUUGCGUUGUGCGUUGUGCAAGGUUAGCUAUCUGCCUGCACCAGGCAGAAUAGUAAAAAAUUAGUGAAUUCGUUUGGCAUGUCUGCUGCGGAUCGACGGAUACGGAAACUCACACCCAAAGGCCUCGUCAUGUUCAACGAACAGUGUGAAAAAUUGAAAAGUAAAACCGAUGAAACCUGGGCGGAAGUGGAGGAUGCGCUUGUAACAUCUGGAACAUGCGCAAAGGACUUCCACAAAAUAAGAGAAGUAGAACGUUUAAUUUCUGUGAAAUUCAAAGAUUUCUGUAUCGCUAGUGAAGACUAUAAGAAAUAUCUACUUUCUCAAAAUACAGAGGAUGCGGUCAACUUGUUAAAUGAAUUAGAAGUUUCAAUGAACAAAUGUUUUUCAAUUGUAAAAAGAACAAGUGAUGAGUUGAAGGAAACCAAAUUUGAACUCCUUGAAACACUAAGUCAUGUGUCGUCUAAUGUAUCAAGUUUUCAAAGAGCUAAAGCGCAAGCUGAAAGGGCGAAACUAGAACUGAUCAAGAAAGAAGGUGAGCUUUUAAAACAAAAAACUGAUAUCGAAGCAAAAAUUAGUAUCGUCAGACAGGAGAAAGAAAUCAUCUCAGCAGAAGCGGACUUCACAGAAGAAGAAAAGAUUGAUCUUCCGAUCUACUCAAGGGAACAGAUGACGAGUGCGUUUAUCCUCAAACACGACCAUAACCCAUCAAAUACCGAGGAUGGCCACAUUCAACAAAAUCAACCAUAUUUUGAACAGAAUCCACCAAUCAGUGUUCAACAUCCAGAGGCGGAUGGCCGACAUCCGGGAUAUCUAAAUGCAGUUAAUCAAGGUUGUGUUCCUUCAAUUCCAAUUCAUCAAAUGCAUCAAUUGUGUGCGCCUUCUAAUUCAGUGAAUCCAGUUUGUUCUACCUCGAUUUCAGUGCCUCAAGUUUGUGCUUCUCAAAAUUCAGUGUCUCAAGUGAAUGUCCCUUUAAAUUCAGUGUCUCAAGUGAGUGUUCCUUCAAAUUCAGUGCCUCAGAUGCGUGUUCCAAAUUCAGUUGAUCAACGGAGUGCUCCAUUGGAUGCAGCUUCUCGAGUGUUCGUUCCCUCGAAUUCAAUGCGUCAAGUUUGUGUUACUACAAAUUCAUUGCCUCAUGUAAUUACCGCUCCAAAUCUAGUACCACCACGGACCGACAACACUUCGACAAUGGCCGACUUUUCAAAGUUUUUGCUACGCAAGGAUUUUCUACUCACAAGAUUCACCAACUUUGAUGAUCGUCCAGAAAAUUUCAAUUCUUGGAGUUCUUCAUUCCGGAGUGUUAUUCUAGAACUUGGUGUCACAGAGUUUGAGGAAAUGGAUCUACUUGUGAAAUGGUUGGGUCCAGAGUCGUCAAAGUUUGCACGCACACUGCGCUCCGCAAACACCCACAAUCCUAGCCUAGGUGUAAAGCGUAUUUGGGAUAGACUGAACGAUAAAUAUGGGAGACCUGAGAUGGUGGAACAUGCUCUAAAACAGAAACUACACUCGUUUCCAACCCUCAAAAAUAAAGAUCAUGCCAAAUUGUAUGAUCUCGUGGACAUUCUCACCGAAAUUGAAUCGGCGAUGACUAAUCCAAAAUACGAAAUUUGUCUGAGCUACUUCAAUUCAUCUACUGGAGUACUACCCAUAGUUGCCAAACUACCCAUAUCUCUACAAGACAAGUGGACCUCUCAAGCAGCUGGAUAUAAAAAACGGAAUGAUGUAGCAUUCCCUCCAUUUUCCUUUUUUGUCGAGUUCAUCCGUGAAAUGUGUGAAAUCCGUAACGAUCCUGGACUUGUAUGUCAACCGUCCACAAACACAAACAUGGCAUACAGCAAACCUAGACCUACUGGCGCAGUCAUUUCUCGUAAAGUUGAAAUUGUAUCAUCAACUCCAUCAACACGUUGUCCCAUACACAAUGCUGGACAUUCUUUGAACGAAUGCCGUGGCUUCAAAAGAAAAUCACUACGUGAGCGUCAAAACAUUCUACGUGAUAAGAAAUUAUGUUUCCGAUGUUGUGCCUCACCAAGUCAUGUGUCCAAAAAUUGUACAGCGGACAUUAAAUGUGAUAUUUGUGGUAAUCCUUAUCAUGUCACAGCGAUGCACAUUGAUCGUCGUCCUUCAAACCCCGAAUCCCCUACACCAGUCUCAACAGCAAAAACUGCCUUAAGCAAUGGCGGGGAGUAUGAAGAAGGAAAACAUGGGAGUCGUUCUUGCGGGAAGAUCGUUUUAGUGGACGUGUUUUGUCAAUCAAAUCCUGCGAAAGUUAUCCGUGUUUAUGCGACAAUCGAUGACCAGAGCAACCGGACGUUGGUGUCCCCUUAUUUGAUAGAUCGACUCGGAGUUACAGGAGAAUGUAAACCCUACACUCUUACGUCAUGCUCCGGUGUAACGACAGUCGCUGGACGCCGUGUGAACGGAUUAUGUGUCAAAGCCUUGGAUGGUACAACUACAUUCAACUUACCGGAAGUCAUUGAAUGUGAUUCUAUUCCUAGUGAGCAUCUAGAAAUACCUACUCCCAAAGUCGCUCAAUCACAACCGCAUCUACAAUGCAUUGCACCUUUCAUACCACCCCUAGAUCGCAACGUGAAUGUUGAACUGCUCAUAGGACGUGACUUAACCGAUGUACAUCAUGUGCGCGAACAAAUUACUGGCAGCCAAGGUCAACCCUUUGCUCAACGUCUUCCACUAGGAUGGGUCGUCAUUGGUGAAAUUUGUAUUGAUAAAGUUCAUCCUCCAAAGGAAGUGAAUGUAAACAAAACGCAUAGUCUUAAUGACGGAAGGUGCACCACCUUUCCAGUGUGUCACAACAAUAUCAAUGUCAAGGACAAUGAUGAUGACAUAUUCAUACGAACACCAUUUGACAACAAGAUUGGACCUUCUGUUGAGGACCGCAAGUUUGUAGCUCUUAUGGACGCAGAGUUCCACAAAGACACUGAUGGUUUUUGGUCCGCACCAUUACCUUUCAAGGAGUCAAAACCAGUGUUGCCUAACAAUUAUUCACAGGCCUGGAAACGUGCUUUGAUCCUCAACACAAGUUUAAAGAAAGAUCAUCACAAACGUCAACACUUCUUUGCAUUCAUGUCAAAAGUCUUAGCUAGUGGGGCAGCAGAAGUUGCUCCUUCCGACAUACCUGGGGAAUGCUGGUAUUUACCCCUUUUUGGGGUGUACAAUUCGAAAAAACCGGAUCAAAUCCGAGGAGUAUUCGACUCGUCGGCUGUGUUUCAAGACGUUUCAUUGAACAGUGUGUUAAUGUCUGGACCAGACUUAACAAACAACCUUGUUGGAAUCCUCAUGCGUUUCCGUGAAAAUGCAAUUGCUAUCAGUGGUGACAUUCAGCAAAUGUUUUAUGCAUUUCGUGUUCAUGAGGAUCAUCGUGAUUACCUCAGAUUCUUUUGGUACGAGGAUAACAACUUUGAAAAACCUUUAAUACAAUACCGAAUGAAAGCUCACGUUUUCGGUAACACACCAUCUCCAGCUGUUGCCACCUAUGGACUUCGAAAAGCAUCAUCUGUUGGUGACGAUGAUGUUCGUAAAUUUGUUUACAACAACUUUUACGUCGAUGAUGGACUGACGUCGCUUGCUACAGAAUCAGAAGCAAUCAACCUGAUGAGAAAAACACAAGCAACACUGAAAAACAACGGAAACAUUCGUCUCCACAAAAUCGCUUCAAACAGUGUGAAUGUGAUGAAAUCAUUUCCUAUAGAUGAUCUAGGAAGCGAUUUGAAGGAACUAAAUCAUUGUGCAGACAUAUGCAACUUACCUGUACAACACAGUUUAGGAAUGCACUGGGACUUAAACUGUGAUAUGUUUGUGUUCAAAAUCUCUAAUGCUGAAAAACCUUACACCCGCAGAGGCCUUCUAUCUACAAUGAACAGUAUCUUUGAUCCAAUGGGAUUUAUUUCUCCAGUCACUAUCAGUGGAAAAAUUCUACACCGUGAACUUGUAUCACCUGGAUGUCACUGGGAUGAACCACUUACGGAGGAACAUUUGAGAAGAUGGCGAAUCUGGAUUGAUUCAUUACAAUCUGUUAAUAACUUCAGAGUUCCCCGAAUGAUUGUAGCCACUUCCAUUUCUUUGGCUCAUUAA